AUGGCAGACUGGAAGGCACAGAUAAGUUACAACUACAACCCCUCUUACCAUGCCUAUGCCUACAGCCUCGUGUACCAACCUGGGCCUGAGCAAAACCACGGGAACCUGACCUGUUGGGGCGAGGCCGGAGUCACGGACUUGAGCAACUAUAGCACCGGGUUCCCACAGGCCUACUACGCCACCACCGCCAGGACCCAAGAAGAGUCUCCGCCUGGCAGUCCGGAACAGCAUGCCGUGGAAGGUCAACAUCAUGGCCAGGGUUCCGGCGUUGUGUACCUCGGUGAUACACAGACAGGCCGUCUGCUCUUGACCAGACCACACCGGGCUGCCUACGACGCACGGGAAAAUGGGGUUAGGCGGACCGGGAGCGAUUCAACUAGUGACUCGGAGGCGCACACCUCACCAGAUUCAUGGAGCUCUAGCAGCAGUAGCAGCAGCAGAGAAGGAAGUCUGCCCCAGGCAAACCCUUCUACAUGGGCAAAGAAAGAUCUUGACGAAGAAGCAAGCAGCAGAAGCCCUAUAGCCAGCAAGGAUGUUUCCUGCUCUCUUAUGGAGGAGCCACAGACCUUUGUGGUUACAGGGAACAAGAGCAACAAUAUCACCUCUCUACAUGUACCUAAUAAGCCAAGCUCUACUGCUGCAAAUAACCCUAAAGGAAAGGUCCGGGCAGCUUUCUCAGAGAGUCAGAUGAAUACUCUUGUACAGCGCUUCAGUGUUCAGAGGUACCUCACCCCUGCUGAAAUGAAGAACCUGGCAGACCUAACAGGGCUGACAUACAAACAGGUGAAGACCUGGUUUCAGAACCGAAGGAUGAAGCUAAGGAGGCAUCAGAAAGAUACCAGCUGGGUGUCUGAGCGCUAUACCAUCAACAAGGACAGCCCAGUUCAUGGAACCAUAUACACCAAUAUUCCUGCACAAAUCCCAUCUUAUAAGGGAGAGGCCCAGCCCCAGCUCAAAGAACAUUACAACCAACACAUGAUGGAGGCAGCCUUUAAGAAGACUGCUCCACAGAACCUGGGCUUCUAUCUGGCUGCGAUGGGCAGUGCUGCUGGAUCUGCUAGCUACCCAUCCUGGUCCUCUCCCUCAUCCCAGACUGCAAUCCCCAACAGGCCCCAGGCAACUGGCUGGUCCAUGCCCCCUGGUGUCGGCCAUUAUGAACAGAACCCUAAUGUAUUCAGCUCAUCCACUGCAAAUAACACCAGGCACAAUCUCAUCUUUGAAACCAAAGAUGAGGAGCCUGUCAACAACCAAAGCUCAUUAAACACAGCUAUAGUACCUAACGCCAGCCAAUAGUCAGUGUUUUAGCUGAUAGCAUAUGAGCUUUGUUGUAAAUGUUACCGAACAGCCAUGUUUAUAUUAUUCUCUUCAAGUUUCCUGACUGUAAUAUGUAAUUAGCUGAGUUCAUUUUUGACAGGCCGUGUACAUAUGCCUUGUUCAUACUCGAAAGUAUUUUACCUUUUUUUUUUUUUUUAUCCUGAAGUUUUAUUUUUAUACGCAACUAUUUAAUGUAUGUUGGUGUGUU